ACAUCUCAGUACACAUCACCGUUUCGUUUUCGGUCUAUUAGUCGGUAUAAUAGACUAGUACGAUCUACAGUCUACGCUCUGAAGUUCAUCGCACAUCUAGCCGUCAAGAUCAAGGCCACUCUCAACACCUUUGAUGCGACUCACUUCAGCUUGACCAAGGAUAUUUCUACGACAGAAUUCACUACCGCCGAGAUAUUCUUGCUCAAGGAGCAUUACCGAGAAAGCGAAAUCCUUCUUAGUCGUAUGCCGCUCCAACGCUUCAACGCCCAUCGUUCAACGGAUGGCCUUAUUCGUUGUCCGCAUCGCAUGGAACAUGCAUUCGACACCACGUCUUCAACUAUACUACUAGUUCCAUCACAUCCUUUGACGACACUUAUUAUAAGUCACAUUCACCUUUCCCAAUUCCAUUCGGGAGUUCAUGCCACCAUUGCCACACUUCGUUGUUCCUACUUUAUUCCAUCUAUCAGGAGCACCGUGGCCAAAUCCAUCGGACACUCACUCAUUCCACUACAACAAUUUCAAACGAUCAUCUGUGAGAUUGAAGCUAUAGUCAAUUCGCGACCCAUUACAUCCAUUUCGGACACAAUAUCGUCGCCAACGGUACUUCGUCCUAUAGACUUCCUCUCACCUCGAGUACAACUCCAGCUAGAACUAACGGAAACUCCUCACCUCGACUACACUCAGCAACAUCUAGUCGAGUGGUAUUUUUCCACUUUGUCUGUUCUGGACCACUUUUGGAACAUCUGGUCCACAGACUACCUCAACGCAGUUGCACAACGUCACACAGUUCGCAUCCGUCAAGGUCGAUCAACGUCACGCGAACCACAAGUUGGAGAAGUUGUUCUGCUCGCCGAUAAACAGCUACCCAGAGGACAGUGGACAUUAGCGGUCAUUACCCAACUCUCUUACACCAGCGAUCGCGUGCCUAGAAGCGCUACCAUUCGUUUGCCUAACGGCAAUCACGUCAAGAGGUCGAUUAACCAUCUCUACCCUCUGGAAAUUAGCGCUACACAACAUCCUCCGGAUACUACUAGGUCACAACCCAGCCGUAUCCAGCCGACAAGGGCAGCCAAGUCCUCGCAUCGCUAUAUAAAACCUCGGCAGUUCGACAACUCCAGUCAG